AUGAUAAAUGGUAAUUACUCUGAUUGGGUAUCAGUAAAAAGUGGAGUUCCCCAACGUUCUGUUCUCUUAGCUCUAUUAUUCAUUAUAUACGUUAACGAUAUUCCCAAUAUAAUAACUUCAAAUGCAGCACUUUUUGCUGACGAUACAAAACUAUUUUACCCUAUUACUAAUUUGCAUUCACACACCGUACUUCAAAAUGAUAUUGAUAUCUUGGUUGACUGGGCAACUAAAUGGGGGAUGAAAUUUAAUAUAGACAAAUGUUCAGUUUUACACCUAGGUCAUAAAAAUAAACAUCUUGUCUAUUCUAUGUACGAUCCAGUGAAGAAAACAAGGAUUGAUAUCAAAUCUACCAACUCAGAAACUGACCUCGGAGUACAUAUCGAUAAUAACUUGCUAUUUUCUAAACAUACCUCUACUCAAGUUAAUAGGGCAAUGCAGAUGCUAUUUCUAAUAAAAAGAUCUUUCUCUUAUCUAAAUUCAUUUUGUUUUAAAAGACUGUUUUCAGCACUAGUACGACCAUAUUUAGAAUAUUGUGGUUCUUUAUAUAACCCUCGUCUACUGAAAGACAAACGGCAAGUUGAAAAUAUACUCAGAAGAGCAUCUAAAUCAGUUCAUGGAUUAAAAAGUCUAACAUAUCACCAAAGACUAUUAAAAAUUAAUAUGACAACCAUAAGAUACAGACUAAUCCGGGGAGAUUUAAUAAACGUCUAUAAAUGGCUAAACAACUACUACAACUGUCAAACGAUCUUUCCAAAAACAAUUAUAAAUUCUAUUACAAGAGGACAUUCAUUUAAAGUAGAAAAAUCUUAUUCUCGUCUAGCUUCUCGUCACUACUUUUUCACCUUACGAGUAAUCAACAAAUCGAACUGCCUCCCAGAUGACGUUGUAAAUGCUACUUCCUUAUGUAUUUUUGUUAUGUUGAUUUUGUGGGUAGAUAUAUUAGAUAAAUGGAUGUAA